AAUAACCAACAUGUAUAUUCUGUCUAAAAGAAAGCUCAUCUGGCUGUUUUCCUUUUCCAUGUACAUAGAAGAUAAAACAAAUUAAAGUUUUAUUUUUCUCUCUCUUCUGCUUUUUUUAGUAAUUUAACAGUGGCAACUUUACACACAAUGAGAAAAAAAAUAAUCAGUGAUAUAUAUUGAAGUUGAAGCAUAGAAAUAUAGAUUCAAACAUUUCUUCUCCUAUCCCUUACACUCUUUCUCCUCUCACCAUAUUCUCUCAAUUUCCAUUUCAUUUUAUAAUAUUCACAUUCAAAUAAUAGAACAAAAUCUCUUUCUUAAACUGAUAUUUUUCAGAUCAAUUUGUGCAUCCUCUUCAAUCUAGUAGAAGAUGUUAAUUUAGCAUUGGACUUUAAUCUUUCUCAUAGUUGCUCCUUCAAUAAAAUGGUUCUUAUCUUUCCAAAUAUGCACCAAGUUAACAGAAGCUAUAUUUCAAACUGCUAAGUGUAAAAUUCAGCAUGUGGAUUUGAGUUUCAUUCAGAUGAUAUGGCUUUUUUUCCAGCAAAUUUCAUGCUACAAACAUCUCAUCAAGAGGAUCACCAUCAUCAACCUCCACCUUCACUCAACUCAAUUAUAACCUCAUGUGCUCCUCAAGAUUACCAUGGAGGAGGAGUAUCUUUUUUAGGAAAGAGAUCUAUGUCAUUUUCUGGUAUUGAACUUGGAGAAGAAGCUAAUGUCGAAGAAGAAUUAUCCGACGAUGGAUCACAAUUAGGGGAGAAGAAAAGAAGGCUUAACAUGGAACAAGUGAAGACACUUGAGAAGAGUUUUGAAUUGGGAAACAAGCUUGAACCUGAGAGGAAAAUGCAGCUAGCAAGGGCUCUUGGAUUGCAACCAAGACAAAUUGCUAUAUGGUUUCAAAACAGAAGGGCUAGGUGGAAGACAAAACAGUUGGAGAAAGACUAUGAUGUUCUUAAAAGACAAUAUGAUUCUAUUAAGGCUGAUAAUGAUGCACUUCAAGCUCAGAACCAAAAACUUCAGACAGAGAUAUUGGCUCUGAAAAGUAGAGAACCAACUGAAUCGAUCAACCUUAAUAAAGAAACAGAAGGAUCAAGCAGUAACAGAAGUGAAAACAGUUCAGAUAUCAAGUUAGAUAUUUCAACAAGGACACAAGCUAUUGAUAGUCCUUUAUCUACUCAACAAACAAGCAUAAAUCUUUUUCCAUCUUCUUCUAGACCAACAGGAGGAGUUCCUCAUCAACUCUUUCAAACUAAUUCAAGACAAGACAUUCAGUGUCAAAAGAUUGAUCAUAUGGUCAAAGAAGAGAGUUUGAGUAACAUGUUUUGUGCCAUUGAUGAACAAUCUGGAUUAUGGCCAUGGUUGGAGCAGCAACAUUUCAAUUGAUCAUUGAUCAAAUAAUGGGAAUUGAAAGUUAAAAAGAAAGAGAUUUUCGCGCAUUGGAAUUUAUUACUUUCCCGGAUGAAAUCAAGAGUGUAUGUUUGGAAUUCGAUAAACUGUGAGUUUAGUAGAAUUACGGUGUACUGGUCACCGAUUUUGACUAAAACUACACCUUAAAUCUUUUAAAAAAUUACGGUGUUAUUUAUGUGAUUUUGUCAAAUUUACCGUGAUUUUAUGAUGCA